CAUCCGGUUAACCAAUAAAAAGUGUUUGUCCAUGCGAGAUCAUGGUGAGACGAUGGCCGCCUCAUGCGGCACUCAUAAUCCAUUGUUUUCAAUAACUUUUCACUCUUUGUAAUAAUACGUGUGCUUGUCAUCAAUUGGAAUAGUCAUGUAUCGCCUGAUAAAAGCCCACAGACUCUCCGUGAGGAAUACUUACACCGGUUCCUUGAAUAUUUAUACAGAAACCAGUGACAAAUUGUGCUCAUUUUGUCAUGUUCAUCACUCCAAAAUGCCGAGAAAUCUGACAUUUUCUCAAGUUCGACAUCGGACGUCAACAAUAAAUACUGCUCUAUUGCCAAUCGUAAAAAAACAAAAGCGUAAACCCAAGAGAUAUGCUGAACUAUUAGAAGUAACCCAUAAUUUAACGAGUAAUCGUCGGGCAGCAGUGCGAACGUUAAAUGCCUCUCACCUGUCCCUUUUAAUGCGACAGCCCGAUGUAACACUAGACAAGCUCCACAGGGUGAAACGAACAAACCUUUUGAAAAUUUCAAAUGCGGAAAUAAACACUGGCAGUAAUACAGAGGGAUCGCAAAACAUUCUGGGACUUCAGACUCCCGGUUUAAUAGAGGAUUCCCUGAGGAUGAGUGCAGAGAACCAGAAGUCGGGGAUGACAGUGAUGGAUGACCUGGAGACGUCAGGGAUCUCUGGUAUAUCAGACACAGCUUUGAUGAUAAAGGAUCGUUCUCUGUUGAAUUCAAUUCCAGAUGAUCAGGCAAAGCAGGACCUCGAUGACGAUUUAGAGCCUCUGAAAUUGAUCCCCAUACAAAAAUCCAAGAAGAAGAAGCCAGAUGUUAGUGACCUCGAAAGAGUGAAGCAAGUCCACGAGCAGGCAAGGAGAGAAAGCCUCGUGAGAACGUUGAACGCUUACCUGAGGGUAUGUGUGAGCACGGGAAUGAUGGGGAGAGCCUACCACACGAUAAUGCACUAUCGAAAACGUUCGGGCAAAAUAAAAACUGCAUGGAUCACUGACAUCACUCUCUUCAAUAUUCUCCUGCAAUCUUACGCGUCCAGCGGUAAUCUCCAGAAGGUUAAGGAAUUCCUGAAAAUAAUUCGUGAGGAUGGAUUAACGCCAACAGCCAAAACUUAUGCAGCUGUCUUCGAGUGCUUCGGUAGGAUCCCGGCCGCUAAGAAGGAGCAGCCGUUUUUGAAUGAUAUUCGUCGAAUGAUGAACAGACAGAAUAUCACCUUCGAUGAGGUAGUCCAUCAGUCAAAGUCGAAGAGGGGUCAGUAUUCCAGUGUUAGAAAGGCUAUCAAAUUGUUGGAUCCAGGGUUCGAGCCUAAACCACAAAUUACAGAGGAAUCUUACGAUUGUCGUCUAUUGCAAAGAAUAACACCAGAUGGGGGAAAACCAAAUUGUAGUCCAAUUGGGAAUUCUCUCACGCUGGAUAACAUCAACAGAAGAUAUUCCCGACAGGUGAAUCACGAAAUUGUGGGUCACGUUGAGAUUAAAAGUAUCGAGAAAUUCGACAAGUCAAAGCCAAUAGUCCCCUAUUACAAGUCUCUGAUAUCUGAGCUUGAAGAGGAAUGGAAGAGAACAGCAUCAGAAGCCUUCGACAGAGAUUUGAAGGCGUUGAAAAGUCGAGAAUAUCAACCAAUUCCUAAUGCAAUGGUUCUUUACCCCUGCCUGUGCGUUCUCGAUAAGGAGGAAUACGUCAAGGCCAUUCUCAGAGAGACCUGGAGAUUGGCAGAUGGAUCUGAGACGUUCAGUCCUUCCUUCUCCUUCCUCUGCAAGAACCUUGGAAAACAUAUAAAUGAUAAAUAUGAAAUCCUGGAGAGCAAAAACCAUGGAUAUCUUGAGAAUUUGCAGAAGGUCUAUUCGAGGUACAGUAAAUGGUACGUGGAUAGACCAGAUGGGGCAAAUGGUAGGACAGCAUGGCAGAGAAUAGCAGAACAAGUGUCUCCAGAGCUGAAUUUGGAAUUGGAGUCGAUUAGGUGGCCUGUGAAUCUACAAAUAUCAGUGGGAAAAUUUUUGUAUCAAAUAAUUCUAAAGGACAUAAAGCUGGACGUGAGUAGAGUCAGGCCCUGCAGCAAAACCAAACACUUUCUUCCAGCAUUCUAUACACUAUUCCGACACAAUACCCAAAAGUAUUUAAUCGAGGAGAUAAAGCCUCACCCAAUUCUCGCCAAGAUCUACCGAGAUUCUCAACCAGAAACCCUGAAAUUCGACACCUCUUUAGUGCCUUCCGAGUGUCCACCACGUCCAUGGUCGUCAGUUCAAAGUGGUGGAUAUCUUCUCCUUCGAACUGACGUCGUCAGAGUUCCCAUCUACGCAAUGGAGCAAUGGAAACGUCUAGAGGUGGUGCCAAAACGUCAACUGUGGCCUUCUCUGGAUUGUCUCAAUCAGUUGGCCUCUAUCCCGUGGACAGUGAACACUGUCAUUCUGGAUCUCGCCAUCAAGAUCUUCAGAAAUGGGGGCUCUGAGAGGCUAAAUGUGCCACAACCUCCCUCUGUCCUGACCCCUCCACCGCUGCUCAAGCGUGAUUGCAGUGAGAAAGAGAGGAAAUCUAUUUUCAAAGCCAGAAUGGACUUGAGAAGACAAAAGGGGGAGAUGUAUUCUCUAUGGUGUGAUGCCCUGUACAGACUAUCACUGGCCAAUCAUUUUCGGAAUAAAAUAUUUUGGCUACCACACAAUAUGGACUUCAGGGGAAGAGUCUACCCAGUCCCUCCACAUUUGAAUCAUUUGGGUUCAGACCUAGCUAGAUCAAUGUUGAUUUUUGCCUUGGGAAAGCCUCUGGGGCCAAAUGGCCUGGAUUGGCUGAAAAUUCAUUGUAUCAAUCUCACGGGAUUCAAGAAGAGAAAUUCGAUUAAUGAGAGGCUGCGUUAUGCCAAUGAAAUUCUCGAUGAAAUUGUGGACAGUGCUGAGAGACCAAUGGACGGUGAGAUGUGGUGGGCGAUGUCUGAUGAGCCCUGGCAGACCCUAGCUACCUGCAUAGAGAUCUCCAAUGCUCUCAAGUCACCGAAUCCGGAGGACUACAUCUGUAGAUUUCCAAUUCAUCAGGAUGGCAGUUGCAAUGGACUGCAGCACUACGCCGCUCUUGGAAGGGAUCAAAGUGGUGCUGAGAAUGUUAAUCUCCAUCCCAGUUCUGUCCCCCAGGACGUCUACUCGAGUGUUGCUGGGAUGGUAGAGGAUAUCAGAAAGAGGGACGCCAACAAUGGGGUGGAGGUAGCACAGGUCCUCGACGGUUUUGUCAAGAGAAAGGUCAUCAAGCAGACUGUCAUGACAACUGUGUAUGGAGUGACAAGGUUUGGGGCCAGAUUGCAGAUUGCCAGACAGCUCAAGGAUCUCGACGAAUUUCCCCAAGAAUUUGUGUGGAGUGCCAGUCUCUAUCUCGCUCAGAAGACCUUCGAUAGCUUGAGGAGCAUGUUCGACAGUGCCAGGCAGAUCCAGGACUGGUUCACUGAUUGCGCUAAAGUUAUUUCCACCAUGAAGGGAAAGAAUAUGGAGUGGGUAACACCUCUGGGUCUCCCUGUCGUUCAGCCAUACAGCAAAAUCAAUCCGACAAGAACAGGCCUGAAGGAAGUUGCUAUGGACACGUACGAGAAACCAAAUGCCACAAAACAAAAAAACGCCUUUGCCCCGAAUUUUAUCCACUCCCUGGAUUCGUGUCACAUGAUGUUGACGAGUUUGCAUUGCGAAAAACAGGGAAUUACCUUUGUAUCGGUGCACGAUUGCUAUUGGACUCAUCCCUGCACUGUGGAAAUUAUGAAUACAAUUUGCCGAGAACAAUUCGUUGCUCUGCACUCAGAACCCAUUCUCGAAGACCUUUCCGAAUUUUUCGUGAGACAUUACAUCGAUCCACAGCAAAAAGAUAGAAAUGCGAAGGAAGACCUCGAGAGCGACUUGUCAACGAGAAAAUUGAAACACACCCUAACGAAUUUACCCCAGAAAGGUUCUUUCAACCUAAAGAGUGUCCUCAAGUCCACGUAUUUUUUCAGUUAAUUGGUGAUAAGCUGAAGGAAUGCACGAAUUUUGUGAUAAAGAUCCAAAGGAUAGAGUGUUUCGACAGCCAGUAAAAUGCAUUAUAUCCAUCGUGUAUAUAUUAUGUAUUGCAUAAUUUAAUAAUGCAAAAAGAAAAAAUUCAGAU